AUGAAAUUUGUCUUGAUGGGGGCUCCCGGCUGCGGGAAGGGGACGCAGAGCCCUUUUAUAACUCAGCGCUACGGCGUCUGCCACCUGUCAACGGGAGAUAUGCUUCGAGAUGCCGUUGCAAAGCAGACCUCAUACGGAAUGAAGGCGAAGGCCACAAUGGAUGCUGGGGGGCUUGUGUCAGACGACAUUGUCUUCGGCAUACUGAAGGAGAGCAUUGCGAAGCCCGAGUGUAAGUACGGCUACGUUGUUGACGGUUAUCCCCGUACGUUACGGCAGGCGGAGCUAAUGGAGGAAGCAGGCGAGAAAGUUGACAAGGUCAUCCUAUUUGACGCCCCUGACGAUGUCAUAGUUGCACGGACCAGCGGUCGCUGGAUGCACCGUCCGAGCGGUCGCACUUACCACGAACUGUUUCUCCCGCCCAAGGUGCAGGGCAGGGACGAUGUGACGGGUGAACCGCUAACACAGCGCCCUGACGAUUCCAAGGAGGUUGUGAAGAAGCGCCUUGAGACGUACCAUAAGGAAAAUGAGCCCCUGAUCACGCACUACAAGGAACAAGGGGUCUUUGAGCAUCUCGAUGCCAAUCGUCCUGUCGAGGCUGUGCGCAAAUCCGUCAUGGCUAUUCUUGACCCUGUUGCCAUCCGCCUAGGGCUAAAAUAA